AUGCAAUUCAUCGCCGUCUUCAUUGCGACCCUGGCUGCCGUUGCCUCGGCCUCCAACACCGAGGAGAAGCGUUCCUGCAUCGCCAACUAUGCUGUCUCUUGCCAGACUGGUGGUACUGCUUGCUGCGAUGGCUGGCAGUGCGUUGGUGCCACUCAGUGGAACGCUGGUGUUUGCAUCCCCAAUUAA